AUGCUACGAAGGUCGGCACGUCUCCGCAGAGGCCCCCAGGGGCAGGGAGUUCCCCACGAAGCCCCAGCCAGCCCUUCCCCCUUCCGCGUCUGGCGCUUGCCAGCCCAUCUGUGGAUUCCCGUGGGAUGCUUGCCUCUGUCGGUUUCGUGUAGCCAACUGAAACUCGCAGGCAUCGACACCGAGUCCCUUUUUUCUUCCGCCGAUGACUCAAGCCCCGUUUGGUUGGGCGCACUGAAAAGACGAACGACUGCGCACGACGAAACCGCGGAGGAGGUUGGCGAAGAGGGUAAACUCUCCCUUUUGCACUGUGCUCGCCGUCCUUCUCGCUCCGCCUCUCCAGUUGGAGUUGCGAAAAUCAGCGACGAAGCAGAGCGGCUGAUCGUAGACCAGACAUGCUUCGCAGUGCUUCUGUCGCUCUGUGGGGCCGCGGUCGCAGCCUGGGAGGCGAGGCUGGAGGGCGCUGCCUUUGCGAAGCCACGAGGGCGGGAAGGAAAGACGGACGCUGGACCCUCAGAACCUGGGCGGCCGCCUGCUGAAAAGGAGCCCGAAGCCAGGCAAAAUGCGGCCGUGCAGUUGGUCUUCACUGUCUGGAUGAACAUUAGCCCUUUCUUGAUGAAGAGCAACAACCUGGUUUCCUCGCAGUUGUGUCAGAACGAGUUCGUCGUCUCCAACUCGGAGAUUUUUCUUCUGCAGCAUCUUCUUCCGCUUCACACUCUGCCCUGCCUUCUCCGGCUCCCUCUGGAGCCCCUCUUCCCUGCGUUGCCGUCUCGCCGCUCCGCCUCCUGCCUGCCGCCCAGAGCCCUGCCGGCAACUUCCUGCGAAGAAUGGGGAACCUAUGUGGACUUUGUUCGAGCUGUCGCAUGCGGAGCUUCAGAAGACAGCGACGACCACGAGAAAAAUAGCGCUAACCAUGUCGCUUCGUGCGGCAGCCUCCUGUGCGGCAGCCACCUCCCGAGCGCACCGCGGGCUCUCUCGCUUCAGUCGAUGUAUGACUUUGUCUCGGAUAAUGCGUGGAACUUGAAGGCCGAUGAGCCGCCGCCGCAAUCCCUGUUUCACUUUCUCGCCUCCACCUUGACAAAAAACGUAGAUUUCGUCUCUCUGCGUGCGCGAGCCAAGAGCCGGGAAGAUCCCACAGUCGAAAGGGCGCGCCUCCCGGACGCACGCAACUCGCGUUCUUCUUUCCCCUCUCCGUCGUCUCCUUCCCCUAAAGUGUUUUGUUGCCAGUGCCACAUUUGCAGGCUGACUCACGAGGCACUGCAUGUGCUGCUGUCCCUCCUAGAUCCAGCGUCUCUAGCUGCGUUCGGCGCGACGAACAAGUCUCAUUUUUUGUUAGCGGAGCCGGUCGUCCCGGGGCUGCAGCUCGUCGUGGGGGACUCCUUUCUUCACCCAAGCGCCAGUCGCUCGGAUGCAGACUCUUUCCUUGCUCCUUCUCACCUGCCCGCGGCGCUUUCGUUGCCGCUUGGCGGUGAUAGCUCAGAUGGCUGGACGAGGCCGAUCGACUGCGGAGCCGCGAAAGUGAGGCGGAGGUCGCAGCACGUUUUUCUUGGGGGGCUGUUCACGCACCAGAUUCACGGAUUGCUUUGGCUGCGGCACCGGGAGCGGCGGAAGGCUGCGCAGGCGCCGCCCUUCUGUUUUCCGAGCUCCGCGAGCUACGUGAAGGAUUCCGACGCGCUGCCGCCCCUCCAGUGCAGCUCGACGGGGGACCCAGGCUGCUUGGACUCCAGGCUAGAUCUGGGAGAUGGUGAGACCUCGAGGGGGAGGGGGAGACCCGUGGACGUGGAGACAGGCGAGGCUGAGACGAGAAUCGGAGAAGCGGGCGAUGCACUGACCUCACGAAUCGAGAGGGACGCGGCGUCUGGAGAGUGCCGCUCUGCUGAUGACGCGCUCAAAUUCCUGGCCAAGUGGACCGAGCUGCAGCUCCCGCAUCAGGACUGGCUAGCAGUUCAAUCUGUUGGCGACCAGACUGCGCAGGGCAAGUCUCCUGCUGUCCGUCUAGCUGGGCGAAGAGAAAGAGCUGGCAGGCAGGGGCUCGCGGGCGAGACGGAGAACGGACAGGGGGCAGGCGAGCGAGCGGGAGACGCUGAGGAAGCACCUACGGUACGCCUGAGUCCGGAGGAGGAUCGGCGCGGCGCUGAGGAGAUAAGCGGCGUCCAAAAGAAGCAGACAGGACCCUCGGGGAGCACGCUGCAGAUCGUGGCAGACAAUGAUCACCAGGAGCAGGCUGUGAGAGAGAAAAGCCAAGCAGGAAAGGAUGCCGAAAAUCAAGAUGUCCGUAAGGCACAGGGCACAGAAGAAGGCGCCACAGCAGAUCGAUUGGCAGAAGCGCGUGCUGGAACCCGAAGAGGAGGCGAAAGCGAGGAGGCAACCACGGAUCAGGAAUACGACAGGAGCUCCGCAUGUUUUUCGUAUCGUCUGCUUAUAAAUGAGUGCGCAACCCUAACGUGUUUGGUAGCUCCUCACCCCGCUGUUGCUUCGCCUUUUUCGCAGCGGCGCAGAGGGCCCCUUUCUUCGUCGCUGUCGACAGCGGUGUCGUUCUCUCGGUCGCUGUCUCCCGUAUCUGCUGCAACGACGGCGCCGCAGUCUUUCUCGCCUCACCCAGAGGACGUGCUCACAGUUGCAAGUGGGAAGACUGUGGAUGGCGCAGGAAAAAAAACGUCUCGAACUGCCUCAGAGGGAGUGUACGUCAACCCGUGUCUCAGUGUCCCGCUGGCUGAAAGCGGCGCUUUUUCGCUGUACUUCAACGCAGAUACGCGCCUCUGCGCAAUCGGCUACAGUCGAACGCGCAGGGUCAACCGAGCGCCUGCAGAUCUUCCGCCACGCACUUUGCCUUCGGCGCCUCGCGCUUCCUCGUCUCCGGCCUCUCGCGGCAGAGAAGUGCAGCCGCACUUUUCUAUCCGUGGCUGGACUCACGGCAGCAGAGGGGGCGGGGGCCUGUUCUGCGAUGACCCAGGCUUGGGCAAGACGCUGGCGAUGCUCUGUCUGGCGGUCAAGAGCAUGGGGCGGCUCCCCACGUUGCCGCUCCCGGUUAAAGCCUGGCUCUCGGGCUUUUUGGCGGGCAGCCGAGUGAACUUUCGACUGGGCUGCAGCGGGCGAUCUGCGGCGCGAGCCGCCUCGGCGCAAGAAGCGCGAGAAGGCCAGCAAAGAGAAGACAAGGAGAAGAGCGAAGGGGAGCGGGUGGCGGGGAACGGAGACCUCGAAGAAAGGCGUCAGGACGACGAGAGCCAUUUGGUGGCCGUCGGUGGUGAUGACGCGGUCGCGUCGGGGCUGCAUGUCUGGAAGUUCGAGGCUGCAGAAAUCGACAGACACCUCACAGAACACAGGGUCCAAAGCGCCUUCGCCUACGCUCAGCUGAAUCCACUCCUCCAGGAGCCGACUAAAACUGCACACGCGCGGCAAGACGUGAGUUUUCUUUCGCAUGUUGCCUCUGGGGCUGAAGCUGACGCUGCGGAGGCGGCUCGCCCUCCCGCGUCUGGCCCGUUCUUUCCGUCUCGUGCGCCCGAUGCAUGCAUCUCGCCUUCGGUCUCAGACGUCAAAAGCGCCGCGGCACCCAGCAGAUUCGGGCGAACCAAGUACUUCAUUGGCUACUCCUUGCCUCCGGCGUCUGCGCUUCCUCCCGCGCUUCGAGAGUUCGCUUUGGCAGAGUCGAACCCUGUCGCCGAUUCGUUUCUUCAAUCGGGCUACAUCCGUGAUGUGUUGACGCAACUCGCCUCUCGCGAGCUGAUUUCUGAAGAAGACCUCGAGGCGUCGGCGUCGCAGCAGGCGUCUGCCAGAGUGAUGCAAAACAUGAAGAGAAUAUAUCGUCAGCUCUCUAGCAGUCUCUCGAGUAAACACGGGGACCCCAACGCGCUCCUGAGGUUUCUGAUUAACCGCGAAGUGAGCGAGCAGCUCGAGGCCGACGAGCGGGCGCGGCGGCUUCAUUCGCGACUUGCCAGCUCAAAACGCGCCGGAGAAGAAGGCGGCGCACCAGGGAGCCAGGGCGAUGAGGGAGAUCUAACGCGGGCGGAGCCGACGGCGGGGAGGCCAGCAGACGCGCAAGAAGUGACCUGCGGUUUGCCGGCGAGGAGACACGAUGGCGAAAAGCGAAGGGAAAUACUGGACGAGAGAGUCCCUACUGUGGAGGCCUUGCCUGCUGGAAAGACGCACAAGGAAGCAGAGACCUGCCAGGCCCCCAGUGGAGACGGUUAUGGAGGACAGCUGCCUGAGGGCGCUCCCUCCUCCAGCGUCGGCGUGUCGUCGUCCGCACGCUUGGCGGGCGCGGGCGGAGGCUCAUCCCCCGUACAGGUGCGAGGAGAACACUUGCUGCGGGAGCUGAAGCAUGAGCUAGAAAGGGACGAGGGCGAAGGAGAAGGGAGGCAGGGAGAGGACGAAGAGACCCUCGCGGAGGAGUUUUUCGCCAAGCAAGACGUCGACCUGUACGCGCAGCUGCGACCUGUCAAGCCUCAACAACUGCCUUUUCCCACUCGCCCGCAGUUUCUGCUCUCCCAGGGCACCCUCCUCGUGUGUCCGUCCCCUCUCGUCAAUCACUGGAGCUCCGAGGUGAAGAAGUGGUUCGCCUGGCCCCACUGCAACGACGCCGAUAGACUGAAAGUUCUGGUGCUCGAGCGUCGCGACAAGUCGCAUUCCGUUCCCGUGCCGACCCGCGCCGAGCUCGCCUCCUGCCACUUGGUCAUUUGCUCUCAACAGUUCCUGACUGCUGAGUUUCAGCGCUGUCUAACGUUCGUGUGGGAGAGCGGGCCCCUCCAGAGGACUCAAAAGACAUCCAGCGCAAAGUGCCGGCAUCCGGGCGGCCACGCCGAUCUUUUGAAAAGUCCGAGGACGACAGACGGGGGACCCCGAGUCGAUAGACUUCGCCCCACGGCGCACCGCGACAGGCACGAAAGCCGACAGGAAGUCGAGGACGCCAUCUGGGGGGUAGACUGGCAGAGCGAGCGACUAGUACCAACGACCGAGCCACGAUUGGGUUCUUCUGACCCUGCCCCGGUUAACAGGCAGGACGGCGCCGUCGGUGUCUUCGGCAUGGACGAUGAGGCCGAAGCCGCCGGACUGUCUCUUUCUCGGCUUAUAUACGGAGACUCGCGGGAGCGCGGCAGCGUGCCUGCGCGGGCGGGCGUGCAUAAAGGCGACGUGACAGAGAGUUUUCGUCGCUCCCGAAGUCCUCUGCUCUCUAUUCAUUGGCAGCGUCUCGUGAUCGACGAAGGCCACACUCUCUCUCGGUGUACGUCGCAGUACGUGCAGCUCUGCCGCAUGAUUGUUGCAGACAAAAGAUGGGUCAUGACAGGCACCCCCACGAGCCGCCAGUCUCUGCGUCACAGCCUGACAGGUCUCACUUCGCUUUUGGAAUUUUUGAGGUAUCCCUACGCUCUCCACUAUCAGCACGGGGGUCUUUCGAUGUGCAAAACGACGCCGCUGAAGGCCUCGAUUUGCCGGCCGCUGGUCGAGCGCGGCGAAGCGGCGUCUCUUUUCAAGCUCGCGCUCCUUUUGAACACGUGCCUUGUGCGGCACAGCAAGGAGCAGUGCCAGCGGCUGCCGGCGUUGCGGGGGCCGACGAUAUACCGCAUCGAGCCUUCGGCGAAGGAGCGGGAAACUUACAACGAUCUUGUGCAGCUGAUGCAGCGGAAUCUCUUCUGCACAUACUACUCCCGAAAAAACAAGGACUCUCUGCUGCAUCCGAGCCAGCGCUCGCAGGCAUCUACCUCGCUCUGGAAUCUGCGCUUCAGCUGCACGAUUAACUCCGAAGCGCAUCUUCAGAUCUUAAUCAAGUGGAUCGACGAGGCUGUGCAGAUGCUGUCCAAUAAACACGAGGUCUACCAGAACGAAUUUCCGUACAAUUUUCAGUUUGAAAGAAUCGUCUACGUUGUUGAAGUUUACCUCCGCUUGAACCGACCGGAGCGCACAUACGCGGCAUGCGAUAUGUGCCGCCAAGCCAUUCGUUUCCCUCUUCUGAUUCCGUGCCCGUCGCUCCAUCUCUUGUGCACAGAAUGCGUCUUCCCUCAGAUCUUCUCAGAUAACCUCUGCCGCCGCCCGCCGCUCCGGCACUGCCCGCUCUGCUGGCCUUGCGCUCCUGUGAACGCCGAUUUCUUCGACCGCCUCCAGCCGCCGGUGGAGCACAACACGACGUUUGACUGGCCCUUCAAGUUCACGCGAGGCGCGCGGGCGAAUGCGGAGUUGGAUCGGCGCUCGCUCGUGUUUCGCACACAGCAGUCCGCGCGACGCGACCGGCAUAGAGGCGGCAGGCGCGAGGGAGAGAGUCUCGAGCGAGAGGGCGCUACCGCGGGCGUCGCUGCGGGCGUCAGGGGGGGCGACGUGGCGCAGGCGCCUGCGGAUCGAUACGCGGACGACGAAGACGAGACGAUCGUGAUGGAGGUGGAGGCAUCCCAGCCUUCGCCUUUCACAGCCCUCUCUCGAUGCUCGUCCGGUGUUCAGUCGUUUUCCGUCGCGGCGGCAGUCUCGCCGCUCACUGCAUGGAUGAACAACCGGGCGGGCUCCAGCGACGCGCCGCAGAAGGAGGACGACCGCACGCAUCCGACGGCGACGCAUGCAGCACCCAGAAACGCUGAAACAUGGCAAAUACGUCCCGAAGAGAACACAGCAGAGGGCUCGGGUGCAGCUGCGUCCACUGCGUCGGGGCAGUCUUUGCCUUUUGCGCCAUGUCUGAAGAGAGUGAAGGAGCAACGCACAUUCCGCGCGACGGCCGAGACAAUGCGGAUAGUACGAAAGUGGUUCCCAGACGAGGAACAGGCGUGGAGAGCACGCAGAGACGCGCAAAGCGGAAUCGCCCCCUACUAUACCUCUACCGUCUCGUCCGCAUUUACAUGCAUGCCACAGAGGAGCGAAGCAGCCCGCGUCUCAAGGCGAGACAGCGAGGCUAGCCUCGGCGGGCACGCGGACAGCAAAGCCGCCCCUUGUUCUCUCAUCUCCUGCGCAUCCUCUUCGUCUCCGUGUGCUUCUCUGUCGCGUUGUGCUUCGUUGUCUCUCUCUGCGUCUGUCUUUUGCUCGAGCGCUGCUGUUCGUUCUUCUGACUGCUCGAGUUUCCGGGAGCCCGAGGCCACGCCGUCGGAUCGAACGCCCCUUUAUGCCUCUUGCGGUAGCGACAGAGGCGCGGCGCCUACAGCUUGCAGCUCACGCACAGAUGUCCACGCCGGGGCACGAUUUGGCGGCUCCGAUUUAAACAGCCGGGGGAUGACUGACUCCGAUAGGCAAAACCCGCAACCGAAGGGCGCCAAAGGGCAUAGAAAGUGCCGAGAUGCCGGUCGCGUACUAUAUCCCCGUUAUAUUGACGUCGAGGAUGCGUUUGCGUACGAGUUUAGGGAUGAAACCACCAGCGGAGAAGAGACAAGGACAUCGGCCUUCUUCUCGUCGGCUAAUCAUAGAAGUCCUUCCUCGCCUCGAUCGUCUUGCCCUAGGUGCAUGCUCCAGUCGCCUCAGAAGCUCCACUCGAGGCUGCGAAGUCCCCUGCAUCUGUCGCCUGCGGCGCGUUCUCUUCUCUCGUCUUCGCCCCUUCCAUAUGCCUCAUUUUCGUCUUCAUCAUGUACCUCCGCGUCGCCGCGGUGGCCUGCAAGCCCGCGAUCUCGAUCAGGUGCUUCACCCCGGCGACCGGCGGAGUCUCCAGCCGGAGGGCAGCAGCCUUCUCGAGGCGCUGCGCUGGCCGCCCGCCGCGAGGCGACGCUGCUGAGUCUUCUGCUUUCCGGGGGCAUCUCCACGCGUGAGGUUUUGGAGGAGUUCGACGACGCAGAAGUCGAUGAAGAAGACGCGAUCUUUUUCAGCUCGAGCAAGAAUGUACUUGUUGUCCGGCGGAUUCUGCAAAUCAUACACUCCGGAGAGUUCGCGCAAAACAACAUCCCCGACAGUAUGCUGGAGCCACGUCAGCGGCCACACGCCGAUCCGUUCUCGCCCUCUCCGUUCCCACUCAUGUCUUACUCUUCGUUCGCAUCGCUCGAUCAAAAUGACUUGCGUGGCAUUUCUGUUCCCAGUACGGGUUCGUCUAAGGAACAGAACGCGCUUUCCGACGAACCUGCAGCCGCUCCAGGGGCACCUCCGAUGAAAAAAGUCUGUUUCGGCUCGUUUCCUGGUUCGCCUUCGUCUUCACCUUCUCUCGCCCAGCAGGGCUCCCUCCGCUCUCCAUCGGCGCCGCCACUCGGCUUCGCGACCAACAGCGACGGCGGCGAAGAGGCAGAUCGGAUCGACAGCGCACAACCGCUUGCGACAGAAGCAACAGGAGGUAUGCCGGAAGGCUCAGCCUCAGAUUCGGCGUGCAACGAGCGCAAGCCUUCCGCGACGCCUGUUGACGCAACACUGUGCGAGGACGAUGCGCAAGCGAUCAUGCCAGAAAAACGCAGGAAGUGUGGCGUCUCAUUCGCACCAACAGUUGGUUCGGCGGGCUCCGCCGUGCUUCAUUCGGAAAAGGAAUCGCUAGGUGAAGACAUCCCUGCAACGCUCACCAAAGGUAUUUUGAAGAAACGGUCCAGGGACGUACCAGCGCAAGCAGCUGACGGUGGCAGACGACUUAUCAAACGCUGCCCGAAGAUCAUUGUCGCUUCGUCACUGUGGGAGAACCUCUUUCUCCUCGGGUGUUUCCUGGAGAAACACAGAGUGAAAUGCUGCCACUUCUACGAAAAGAUGCAAGAGAAGGCGAACCGCGUGGAGGCGCUCAAACGUUUCCAGCAGGACACGGAAACGAUUGUUCUUCUGCUGUCGACGCAACUGGGCGCACACGGUCUCGACUUGAGUUGCGCGUCGCAUGUCCUUUUGCCAGAUCCGCCAACCGAUCCCAACGUCGAACAACAGGUAAUAUCGCGCGCACAUCGCAUGGGUGCACUGCGCGACGUGCACGUCGAGGUGUUCAUCCUCAAAGACACCGUGGAGGAAACGAUUCUCCAUCGUCGAGGCGUAUGGACCACGACGUCAUCCGAGGCAAGCCAGGACGGAACGGCGACCAAGGGCGCUGCAGCGGGUCAGUUCGGCAAGCAGGCGUUCGUGUUCGGCACGCCAUCCCCUCAGGGUUCGCCGUCCGUCGAGCGGAAAGGCUACAGCAGAGACAACGGAGCGGCCACGCGGGACGCGCCUCCUUAUGCAGUAGCUCCCGGAGUCGCUGGGACCCCAGACGUUUGCUCGACGAGUCGAACGAGCGCAAAGAGGGGCGGCCUUUCGGCGAGUUGGGGCCCCGAGGGCACGCACACGCAUCUACGGAAGCGGGGCGUGAAGGCGAGCGGCCAGGCAAACCUGCGUACUGGUGGAGGCGACUCUGAAACUCGCGAAGGCAGUGAAAUUGCACCCGGUGGCAUGUCUAACUGGUCUCGUUCGCCGUCUGCCUUCUCCUGUGGUCAAGACGGCCUUUCAAGCGGCCAGCAGUCUCCGACACCAGGGGCUUACAGCAACGUUUGCGGGCGUCUAGGUUUCCAGCCGAACUGGCAUGAGAUGCACGAUGAAGCUGUGGGGUUGGGCGAGGGGGUUCAAAAACAGACGGAGUAUCUGCUUCGGACUCUCCGCACAAUUCGGAGGCCAUGA